AUGGGUAUCCCAAAUGAAGGAAGUGGUAGGGAGUCUGAUGAUUACAAUGAACCACAAGAUCCUGUUGAAGAGGAGACUGACGAUGAAGAGAACAUAUAUUUUGAUACAACUGAUUUCCUUUCAUCUAGUUCUUUUAAAAGCAGUGGAUCUGAUUUCCAAAGAUCUGAAGCUGGUUCAGAUGAUGAGGACGACUACCCGAUGGAUGGAAUUGAUCCUUCUAUGAACUCUGUUGGAAUUAAUUAUCCAUAUGUGAGAAGGCCAUAUGUGAGAAGGCGUAAGAAGCUACCAGAUCCAGUUGAGAAAGAGAAGGGUGUUAGUUUGUGGUCAAUGAUCAAGGACAACAUAGGAAAGGAUCUUACCAAAGUCUGUCUGCCUGUUUACUUCAAUGAACCUCUUUCAUCAUUACAAAAAUGUUUCGAGGAUCUUGAGUAUUCCUACCUUAUUGAUCGUGCAUAUGAAUGGGGCAAAAGGAUGAACCACAUUUAUGCAUCUUACAUCUCUAUGUUGAAUACUCAGGGGGAUAGUGUGAUGAGGAUUCUAAGCGUUGCAGCAUUUGUUGUUUCUAGUUAUGCCUCUACGGAUGGAAGGAGUUGUAAGCCCUUCAACCCUCUUCUUGGGGAGACCUAUGAAGCAGAUUAUCCAGAUAAAGGUCUUCAUUUUUUCUCAGAAAAGGUUAGUCAUCAUCCAAUGGUUGUUGCAUGCCACUGUGAGGGAAAUGGCUGGAGGUUUUGGGCAGAUAGCAACCUAAAGAGCAAGUUCUGGGGUCGCUCCAUUCAACUUGAUCCUGUUGGUGUGUUAACACUGGAGUUUGAUGAUGGUGAAGUUUUCCAGUGGAGCAAGGUGACCACUUCCAUUUACAAUCUCAUAUUGGGUAAACUGUACUGUGAUCACUAUGGUACUAUGCGCAUUCAAGGUAAUCGCGAAUAUUCAUGUAAGCUGAAGUUCAAGGAGCAUUCAAUUAUUGAUCGCAACCCUCAUCAGGUAUUUAAUAAAUUGCCUGUAUACUAGAUGUAUUUUGUAUGCUUGUUCUUCUGAUUUCUCCUUUUAUUUCCUAACUUUGCAGUUUGUUUGUCACUAAGAUGAUGCUUUUCCAUGCAUAUUAGUUAAAGCAAGUGAUGCAUCUGUGCCUUUUGGCAAGACAUAUUUUUAGCAGUUUAUAUAUAUUCAUUUGAAAGCAUA